AUGGAAACUCACUCUGCACACGAGAUUUUGGUCAAAUUAGAAGCGGCCUGCGAAGGUGAGCUGCCCCGUUUCACAGAGCCAACCCGCGAUGCUAUUCGGGAGAAGCGUCAGGCCACAGAGAAGGAAGCCAUGAGGCCCAAGGACUCCAAAAAGAGUCAACGAAAAGCUAGACGCCCGCCAAUCAAGCGCCCAGUCGACAUGGAGCUGCUUGCUGUGCUCGCAAAAGCCGAAGAGAUAAGCCUUGGAGAGCAAGGAAAUUCCCCCGCUUGGUCCGCCUACGCCACUACCCAGAAGCCCAUCGCUCCCACUGCCAAGGACAAGCCUUCCCAGAAGGAUAUGCCUGAGAACAAAUAA